CACGUGCUGACUACCAUUGCCAUAUCUAUGGGGGCCGCGUCCGGACUUCCUGCUCCCCUGGCUGCGGGCGGCGGCGGCUCCCGGGUUCGGGCUCCGGCGCGCCGCCUUUUGUGUGUGCAAGGGUGCGAGAGGGCGCGGGAGGGCGCCCCGGAUGGCUCGGGGGCUGGUUGGUUGAGGUUGGUUAGUUUUUCCUUUUUUGUUUCUGCUUUUGCAAAGUUUUGUCGAUUGCUUGUCUGGCCCGGUGUAUUUGUUUUGUUUGUUUCCCUCGGCUCAGCUUUGUUGCUUUCGGGGGCUUUCCGCCGGGAGGGGAGGGGAUGGGGCCGGGGGAGAGCAAGUGGGAGCAGAAAGUGGAGAGAGAGGGAGGGGAGGGAGAGCUGCAAGUCGAUUGUCUGGCUUCAAGACAGAAGUUGGAGGCAAAAAAAAAAAAAAAAAAAAAAAAAUCUCUCCAAAGAUCUCCCUCGCUCUCACUCUCUCCCUCCCUCUCUCGUUCACUCUCUCGCUCUCAGAGCUGGUGUGCAGCCGAGGAGUUGGAGUAGGAGGAGGAAGAGGAGGAAGAGGAGGAGGAGAGGCGACUGUCCGGGGGCCAAGUCCAGGGCAGCCCACAGUCAGCCAUUCAGGAAAGCCAUCGAAAUCAGGAGGACUAGGAGAGCAGAGGCGCCGGUCACGGGCGCGCCCAGAGAGCCGGGCAGGCCGGGGCGGAGGCCGGCGGCCCGCGGAGUGGCCGGAGCGCUGCCCGGGUCCGGGGGAAUCAGCAUGAAAGUGGUCCGCGUCGGGCGCUGCGCGGCGUCGUCCUGGCGCUGGGCCGCUGCCGCCGCCUGCCCCAGGCGCCCGGCGCGCGCCUCGCUCGCUCCGGCCGCCGCCGCCCGCUUUCGCCGGAUAGAGGCCGCUCGCCGCUCCCUGCGGGCCGCUUGGGCCGCCGCCGCUGCUGGAGCCGCCGCCGCCGCCGAAACCGCCGGGUCGGGCCCGGAGCCGCCGCGUCUAGCGCCGCCGCCGCCGCUGAAGCCGCUGCUGCCGCCGCCGGAGCCGCUGCUGCUGCUGCUGCCGCCGCCGCCUCACACACAUAGGGAAAGAGUCAACUCGCCGGCGGCGGGGGAGAAAUGAUAAAAGAGAGAGAGGAGGGCAGAUCACCACCUAGAAGCACAUCCUUCGUGCGCAGAGGGGGGAGAAAAAGACGGAGAGAAAGAAUGAAAGAGGGGAAAAAAAGGCAGCACGGCACCGGGAGAAAGAAGGCAACUCGGGGAGAGGAGGAGGAGGAGAAGAAAACACACACGCGCGCACGCACACACACACCGCGGAGAGAAAAGAACAGAGAAUCAAAGUGAUCAAAUAUGCUAAAAAGGGGGGCGCGGGAGGGAAUGCGAUUUAUAGGCGCCGGGGCUGGCAGAAGUGGCUUCUCCGCGAUCAGCUCACUGAGCUCUCUAUAUAGUGAACUUUGACACGACUGCUGCAACUUAGCGCACGUUGCCAUGGCGACGGCGCGCCUUAUAAGGCAGCAGCCGGGGUUGGCCUGGCCAGGCGCGCGCGCGCCGCCCCCUCGCCGUCAUUGGCCGGAGCGCGGCGGCCCCGCCAUGGCGGCCGCGGGCUCAGCCUGGUCCUAGCGCGAGCGGUGUCGCGGCCGUGGCGCGGAGCGCGAGGGGGGCGAAGGGGGGGCGACGAAGGGGCAGCCGUGCCGCCGCCGCCGCCAAGCGGGGGAUGGGCCCACGCUGGGCCCCGGGCGCACGGCCACCGCUCUCUCCGCACCCGGCACCCGAGGUUUCCGCCCCAGCGGGGAGAGGAGCGCGGGGCGCGCACACAAAACGCCUCUUAAAGGCUCCGCAAGAGGCUUUGGAUGGAAUUGAGGACUUCGCGUCUCUCAACUUGGCAAUGCCACGAAAUCGACCGCUCGCGCACCACCCGGGACUCCCGGCGCAUCUUUGUGCCCACAGUGCCAGAGAAAGAGAAAAGUUCCCCGGUUUCUUUGCAGAGGGUUAGUGGGCGGGGAUGGGAAGGUGCCUCGAACCCAGCUUACAAGGCAUUUUCCAAACGAAAGAUUUGGUCAAAUCCGGGUGAUGGUAGAUCCUUCCCUUAAUCAACUGUGAUCACUUGCUUGGUUUGGUGGCUAUUUAUUUUUCUUUUUUAGAGAAAAAGAGCCGUUCGGUGGCUCUUUUCCUUGUAGGGUUAACAUUUCACAGGUAAGUGGCCUGACAAUUUAAUUGCUCAAAUAAAGGAUCUCGGAUGCUGAGAAGCACAAAUAGACUUCAUCUCAUUGUCGUGACACAAUUAAAAUCAGUUUGCCUUAACUUUAUCCUCUCUCGUUAGCUUUAGCUAACUUGCAAGCCAGCAUUCUCUCACCACCAGUAGUAAAGACCUUUUAGCCCGCUGCAGAGGCAGCCUCCCAGCAUCUCCAGUACAUACCCUCUGUACACACAUGUAAGCGCACAUGUAUCAGAUGCACAUUUGUCAAUGUACACAGACAAAGACUUCAACGAUUAUGCUUCUAGGUCAUAGAACAGUUGAGUACGACUUCAUUGCUCCUCAAGUUCCUUUUAGGCAUUCAUACAGUCAUUAAAACACACCCAGAGAUUCUGCCCCAAAUUGGGAAUAACACCAAGUUUAGCUCACAGGAACCAGGAACCGUGCACAAGCCAUAUUCUACCUCAAGGGAUUUACUGCAAUGAGAACAACUUCAUUGACUGUGCCAUUCUGUUCAGUGUGCUAAAAUCAUCAAGCUGGUUGUGCCUCUGACUUCCAGAGCACUUGGUUUUAAACAUCAAACUUAUAGAAUUCUCCCCAUCCCCCAGAACACACUAUAUUCCAAUGCAGUAACCUUUCUGUGCUACUGUGACCAGUUAGUGGAUUACGAUUUUUCAACAUUUCUAGUACAAAAAUUGUGACUCCAUCAUACACUCUUUGCAUCAAGAAAAAAACUAUAGACUGGUAAGCCAACAGGUUUAUGAACAAUUAAUAUAUUUUACACAAAACACACACUGAACUUCAGGAAACAUGAACACAUGUAAAGGGUAAAUUAAUUACCACAGGAAAGCAUCCUUGAUAGUUUUAAAAAUCGACGAGUUGAAGGAUUAAAAAUAAAUCAUACAUAUAAUUGACAUGUGUAGAUUGUACUUUGCAUUCAAUACCUUUUACACACAUAGGCAGAAUAUAAGGUAGGAGCUAAGAGAAGUGUAGGCAGAUAGGAGCUAGUUUUUAGGGAAGGAAAGAUCCUCCUUAUGCGUCAUUCUUGAAACCUUUUUAGCCCUCACCCUUUCUUCGCUGAAAUCACCUAUUUCACCAAAGCUGCAUGUGCUGGGAUGAUUUGAAAGUUUUUUUUUUUAAACACCUAUAAUGGAUAGACACUAAACUAUCAUGGACCUGGUAUUGUAAUGAGAUUGCCACAGAGCAAAUUUGCCAGGCAGCAAAUUUCAGGUUGAUUAGAGACACAAUAUAACUUUCUCCUAAAGAGGAAGAGAAAGAUGGAAAAGAAAUCAUUUCAGAGAAGGGUUUUUUUCCCCCUUUUCUUUUCAAUCUCUAUAAUUUGAGGAAUUGCCUAAUGAUACGAAUGUUAGAUGAGGGGCAAACUCAGGAGAGAUGUGGUAGGGCUGGGGUUGAGAUAGGAAAUCUAAUGGGUAUCCUCAUCUCAAUUUCAUAGAAGAUAAGAAUAAUUGACUAUAGGGAAAUCCUAAACUUGCUGCUUGAGUGCAGACACUUUCAUGGCAAAAUCAUCUUUUACAAACAUGGAGUUGGGAAAUUUGGAGGAGGAAGAGCUUCCUUGGUCCACUUAGAGAUUUUUUUGGUAUUUGAAGUACGCUCUGAUGGCCUCAGAUUUAAAGUGAAGGAUUUCCCAACCAUCUCCUACAGAUCUGGAGCUGAUAGGCACAAACUACAGGGCUGCCAUGAAGUCAGAGGUGUUUUACUCAGUGUUUUAGGACUCAUUCAGUUAUGGCGGAACAAUUAAAAAGCCAAAAAACAAAACAAAGAUAACCAUCUCAUUUGUAGUUAAUUUUACUGUAUACAAGAAGAAAAAAGAAAGGUAAACUAUUUGAAAAUGUCUUCUUAAGAAAUGCUCAUUUCUCUUGAAUAAAACAGCUCUAAGGCUAAAAGAUAAAUAUCAAUAUGUUCUUAUAGUUUAGAAAAAAUCCAGCCCCGUCUUUUAUAGCAGAUGUAAAUUUAUUUUAAUGAGAAGAAUGGCAAGCUUUAAUUUGGCUGGAGAAAGUUGGAAAAACAUUUGCCUUACUGUGGGGGAAAAAAAAAACCCACCCAGGAAUAUGAUUUUCUUGCAGAAAGUGGCCUGAUGGCUGUAAUUCUCCACAAAUUAAAUCACAAUAUGAAUGCAUACCCCAGAAAAUGGUGAGUUUAACUCUGAACUCAGUAGAAACCAGUUCUGUCCACCAGGAUUCAUUGAAUCCCUCCUUCCCCUCAAUCUAGUCCGUGUGUGUUUUUCUCUUCCACCACACUGGAGCUCCGUGAAUAGGGAAAGGGGCUUCCAUUGUGUCUCUCUGAACUUCCAAGUCAAUGCAAUUUUUAACCACUGGCUUGUGGUACUUUGAAAAUCACCAGGGGCUGUCAGAGUUGGGUCCUCUGAAAAAUUUACAGUGCUAAAUCAGAGCAUAUGCUGGGAGGGAAAAAAUUGCUUAAGAUUGGAGCAAGUACAGUAUCUGUCUGCCCCCUAGUGUAAGAGUCCUCGCUGCCUAAAAUUCAACUUUAAAAGAAAAGAGCUCUUAAAGGGAAACGACUUUGGGCUCACGUAGGCAUAGCAGAAUGAAACUUCUGUACAUUUUAAUCUGAAUAAUUCUUCAGGAUUUAAAAUUAAUUGGCCCUGGCUUGGUUGGACCGGACUCGGAUCUCGCCACCUCUGCGUUUCCCGAGUCACUUGGCGGAGAGGAACCGUUCCUUGAACGUUCUGGACAGAGCACAGAAUUGCUUAAGUCAGCCCGAAGCGGUUGUAAUAGACAGCAAAAAGGUACACGUUUGCCUGAAAUCCGCACGCCAGCUCCACCACCCCGCCCGAUGGGUUGAGAAAAGCAGCUAGGAAAGCCCUGUUGUUACUCGCCUUAAACCAGCACUGAGUGGUGAGCUGAAGACAACUGUCUUCCAGGUAAGAUGUUUGACGUGGAUUCUCAGGAAGGAAAGCAUUUCAUCACUCAGGGAGGGAUCUAAUUGACUGUGCGUGCUGUGUCAGGAGGUGGGUUUUCAGUUUGCCACUCCUCAAAAAUGAUUUUUGCAAGAGAAGUUAAAAAAUAGAGGCUCUCUGAAUCCUUUGCUUAAUUACCAUGGCAUUCCACUUUGACUCCAUUUUCUAAGAUGCUGUGGAUUAAUCAGCAACAAAUGGGAGACAGUGGAGUCCUUGAGGACUGUACUGCUGGGAAUGGAUAGACAUAGAUCAUAGUAAAUACUGCUAUUGUGAGGGAAAAAAAAAAGCAUCAUUAGACCAAAAAUUUGGAGACUAAUAGGGGUUGGAAACAUUUUGGACUGAGAUUUUGUUUUCUCCCUUUACUAAGGAGGACCAGUCCCCACUUUGUGUAGCCCUGAUUAUUCCAGAAGUUUGAGGGAAAUAUGCAUCUUUCUUUUAACAUAGUCCUGAUGUUAAGGGCUUGACCUUGCCAGGGGGAAGAGAAACCAUGGAGGUCAGACAAGAAGAAGAAAUGGGAGGCAUCUAUUCCUGAAGCAGAAGCGCAGUGGUAUGGGAAAGACGAGUAUUUUACCACUAGCUGUAAUGCACAUGUUUGGAGUUUUAUAAUUUACAAUACCAUAUUCAGACCAUCAAAAUGGACAUAUCCACAGGCAGGGACUAAGUUCUUCUUUUUAAAAAUUUUAUAGGUUUAAGAGUCACUUAGAUGAAAUGUGAUUGCGGUUGUGAUUGUGGAGUAUUUAUGGGAAUCUUGGGGUGGGAAAAUAUUUUUCACCCAGUAAUCCAGUGUCCACUUAUGAGGCAACUCAUAUUUGACGACAUUCCAGUCCUUUUUAGAUGUCAAUGUACUUUUCUUUUUCUUUCUUUCCUUUUUUAUUUUUUAGGGCCACACCUGUGUUAUAUAGAAGUUCCUAGUCUAGAGGUUGAAUUGCAGCCUCAGCCGCUGGCCUAUGCCGAAGCCAUAGCAACAUCUGUGACCUACACCACAGCUCAUGGCAAACUGGAGCCUUAAACCACUGAGGGAGGCCAGAGAUCAAACCUGCAUCCUCAGGAUACCAGCAUCCUCAAGGAGUCUAGUCGGAUUUGUAACCAGCCGAGCCACCACAGGAACUCCAGUCAAUGUCCUUUUUUGAUCAAAACUGAUCAACAACCAACUUUAUUCAAUUUUGAAUCCUCCUGACCCUGGUCUAUCUCAAUAAUUUACUAUUUUCUGCAGUGUCAGAGCUUCCUGACAUUUACAAUUAACUCACAAAUUAACUUAGAAAUGAUAGUAAGCUCUCAGCUAAAUGACAUAGUGGCCACUAGGGACCAGACCAAUUUUCUAGAAUAAGGUUAGGACUAAGUUGCUGUGUAACAAUGCUGAGGCUGGUUGUAUAGAAGUAGUUAUUCAGAUGUGAGCAGGAAUCUAGGUGUGAGGGGGAGAUAUUAUCUGCUUCUAAUUCGGUUGGCUACUCGGCCCUCUGAUAUAUCUAUGAAACAGGGAUAACCGGUUUUAAAAAAUGUUGUGGAAUUCAAGGCUCCAAAAUGGAAACAAGAAGUCAUGGAAGGCUUCCCUUGGAAGGAAACUUGGAGAACACUGGUCAACUUCCCACAGAAGCCAGAAUCUGGAGAUGGGCAGAUGGGCAGACAGACGCUGAUUCAGCUUUCUUGGGAGUUGUAAGUUCAAGGCAGGUGGUGGUGAUGCUCAAGAACUUUCCUUGCAGGCAGUGCCAUCAAAGAGUGCAACGGAAGGUGAGCCAGCACAGUCAAAGCCUAUUUAAAAGGAAGAGGGGAAAAGCCCUUAUACAUUUCAAUGGAAGUACUUGAAGGCAUUUCAAGUAGGAGUCUGAAAAAUAAUUACAAAGUUUAAAAAGAAGGAAUCUUAACUUUGAUAUGAUUUUCUUCUGUAAAGCAAUUAGAUACAUAAUUUUUCAAGUGCUAAACUGCAAAUGUUAAUGUCUGGACCCAAAUGCUUUCAUUUGUGUCUUGGGACUUCUAUAAUUCCCUCCCCAAAGUUAAAAAAAAUUAUCGAGGUGAUUUUCCAGAGGCAUUAAUACAUAAAGCAUUUGCUGGUCACUUAUAAAAAUGACAGCCUCAUAAAAUAGCUAGAUUCAAAUUGUGCAAAAGUCCAGUUAAUAGCAUUGAGCUAAGACAUUUGUAAACGUGAUUCGAUGGAGAAAAACUGCCAAGAUGCAACUGGAAUUUUCCCUUCCAAUUGCUCUUGGGGAUUUUAAUGGGAAUGUGCCCUACAGGGACUUUAGUAUUCUUGGGAGUAGUUCUCAAAUUAAAAGGGAGCUUCAAAGCAGAACGUAGACUCUGACUUACCUGAAGAAUCACAAUGGAGAUGUGUACGAAAAAAGAAAUGUGACCCCCACAUAGACUGACCCCUGAUGUUAGGUUGCUUUUCUGUGUAAGUCCUUAAAUCCAAAAUUAUUCAUAGAUAGUAUAUAUAAAUGCUAGACUGUCAGUUCCUUGAUAGCAGAUAGUAGGUAUUUUUCUUUUUUGCACUCAGCAUGUAGUACUUAGCACAUACUAUAUUUCCAUUAAAUGUGAAAUAGUGGAAGAAAAGUUCUUUGUUAAUUAAAAAACAUGUGGCCUAUAUUCUCCCCAGUAACUGGUUGGAUUGACCACUUGUGUACCAACUAGGAAGCCUAGCACAGGCGGCCUAUAGGGUGACUUGAGCCAGUGCUUGUCUAACCUUUAGAAACUGAGAAACUUCAACUUAACAUAACAAUAUGGAUUUCAGGAUUCUUUUGAAAAGAUCUGAAGAUGUAGCACCAUUUGGGCCGCAGCUGCAGCAGCUGCUCGUAGUGACAAGUAUCGGGAGCCCAGGAGCAACUACCCCCAUUACCCAGAGUUCCUUCCCACUCGCCCCCAUUCUCUUGCAUAUGGCUCCAGGCCGAGGUCACUUUCUUAUUUACCAGCUUGGUCCAGGGGAUAGGCUGUCAGAUGAGGAAAGAGUAUCUGGUCUAAGUUAUAUCAAUGUUAGACUUGAAUGAGAAUGAAUUAGAGAUCUGAGGGUGAGCCUGUUUCCUCCUGGUCCACAGAGAGGAAAGGCAAGACUCUAAGGCUUAGAGGGAAUCUUCAGUGUGUAGGUUCCUACGAUGUGGCUGUGCUCCAGGGGAACGGAGCAGAAUUGAAGCUCUCCAAAACCCUAAUGAUAUCAGGCAGGAACCCAUCAAGGGAGUUGUUCAGGUUUGUCAGAGCACAUUAAAGCGUAUUUUCAUACUCUCACAUCAUCAAAAAGGGCACGGCAGCCCAUCUGUCUAUACCUUCCUUUCUGUUACGAUAUUUGUGCAGGAACUUUUCAAAAUUAUGUCGCUUUCCAUACUCUCUUGUGGGGACUCAAAAGGGAGAGCAAGUCAGAAUAACGCACACUGGUGAAAUUUCAAUAAUUGAAAUCAUUGUUGCUUCAGACACCAUUGCUUUAAUCAGCCCUAUCAUAAAUCAAUGCUUUUCACAAGUGGAGGUUUAAAAUAAAGUGCCGUUAAAAAAACUGGGCGUCUUAAAAGGUAUGAUGCCAUCAAGAAUCUCCGGAAAAUGGCCUAAAAAGUGGUUUCUGAAUGGAUGCACUGGUUCUAGCAUUUUAUCUUCCACUUAAUUAAAAAAAAAUAUUACCUGGUCCUUUCUUAGAAAUUACAUAUUGGAGGUCUAUAAUGGCCAAGCCUUUAACCCAUUAAAAAAAUUUACUCCUAGGAACAGUUAAUAUUUGACAUUUAAUUGCUUUUUCUUGUUGGAGAGGAAAAUCUGUUUCUUUCCUUCCUUUCUUGAUUGACUUUUCAAAAAUCACCUUGUGAGCUAUAAAGAUGGAGAGAAGUAAUUGAUUUUCAAAAACUCAAGUGCAUGCACACAUAUUCGCAUAUGCGUGUGUGUGUGUGUGUGUGUGUGUGUGUGUGUACAUAAAAUUCUCCCAUGUCCUGGGAGCUGGUGCUUUCUCAUGUAACUCUGCAGGGUGGUUAGUAUCUCCAUUUCACAGAAUAGCAGCAGUGACCCAGAGAGGUUCAUUGCUUUCAAAAGGUCCUACAGGUAGUAGUGAUGGGAGGCCUCGUCUUUAUCCCUUCUACCUUGUUGCCUCCCUUCAGGUGUGCUUCAUACCCAGGUGUGCAGACAUCCAUGGAGCUAGGACAGAACAUCAUGCCAACGGUCUCCAUCUUUGGAGUAACGAACCCUUUUAGCCUGUUUAACUAGCACCAGAUUCUGGAAUUUAACAAAUAAUGCUAUGCCAUCCACACAUGUUGAAAGAGCCCACCUGUAAUUUGUGUCUUUUAUGUGAACACUCCAUUGUAACUGAAUGGGGAGAAACAGUUAAAAUAGGCUUAGCAGUGUUAGUGUCUUUUUAUUUUUUUUAAAUGUUCUUUUAUUUUAGGGGCAGCACCUGGGCAUGUGGAAGUUCCCUGGCUAGGGGUAGUCAGAGCUGCAGCUGCCAGCCUAUGCCACAGCCACAGCAACACAGGAUCUGAGCUGUGUCUGCGACCUACACCCCAGCUCAUGACAAAGCAGGAUCCUUAACCCACUGAUCAAAGUCAGGGAUCGAACCCACAUCCUCCUGGAUACUGGUCAGGUUUGCUAUCGCUAGCCACAAUGGGAACUCCUUUUUUUUUUUUGUUUUUGUUUUUAAGGGAUGCUUCCGUGACAUAUGGAAGUUCCUGGGCUGGAGGUGGAAUCAAGCAACGCUGGCUCUUCCUUAACCCACCGAGUGAGGUCAGGGAUUAAACAUGCAUCCUCAUGGAUACUAGUUGGGUUCUUAAUCCAUAGAGCCACAAUAGGAACUCCAGUGAGAGCAUCUUAAAAGAGACUUCUCAUUGUAGAAUUUGGUGUGGAUGAACAGGGAAGUUACAUGUUUUCUUAUUACAACAAUGCCUACAAAUAUUUCAAAUGAAAUUUUGGGGUUCCUUAGGACUUGUUUAAAGAAAAAGAGGCAGCCAGUAGGACAUUGAUGUGGAAAGGGUAGGAAAAAGUCUCUAUUUGGAAACCUUGAGUUAGAAAUUUCCAUUUCAACAUUGUUAGUCCCUCACCUUUCAUAUGUAGUAAAUUCACCACCAAGGGCCAAAGUAAUCUUUUUCUUUCUUUUCUUUUUUCUUUUUUUUUCUCUCUUCCCACAAAACCAGCUAUUAUUUAGAUCUCUUCAAAGCUGCACAAACCAACUGUUCUUCCUCAGAUUAUCCCUUUCAGAGCUCAGGUGAUAUGCCUCAUUGGGUUACACCUUCCAUGUUUUGUGGUCAGCUGUGGAUUGGGCCAUUCUACAUUAUUCCACCUUGCAAGAAAAUAUUUAUAUAAUAGCCUCACCAGGUCCCAUGUCCUCUGGGAAUGUUCCUCUAUGCAGGGUCUUCACACCAAUGGCAGGCAGUUGAAUCCCUGUCCUUUGUGGGACCACUGGACAUCUGCUCCUUUCCCUUUGUGACUUCACUCAGCCAGAAAACUACAAGGUGUGUGAUUGUAGGAUGAGAAGUUUCUGAGAGGUUGAGUACAAAACUUAGAGAAAGUUCUUGGAAACUGGCUGAUGUUGAAGGAAUGGAAAUUUGCACUAUUCACAGAAUUUUUUCCCCCCAGAUCAGGAAACACAACAGCUUACUUGUCUACAGUCUUUUCAUUAUGUAGAUUUUUUAAAAUUCCUUGUCAAUAGUAAUGCUCAUUGGUCCCCAAAGAGCAGUGAAAUUGAGAAUCAUAUAGCUGUGUUGGGGCACAUUGGCAAAACACUUCCAGAAACUCACUUGACUAUGUGUAUCAAGCCAUGUGAUUUUUUUUUUAUAACCCUUGACCAAAUAAUUUUAUUUCUAGGAAUGCAUUCUUGGUUUCAAAAAGAUAAUGCUUGAAGAUGUUCAUUAAACUUCUACUUAUGAUAAUUAGAACUUAGUAUAAGCCUAACAAUAUGGGAAAUGUAAGUAUAAAGUAUUUUCUUGAUAUUUAUUUUUAUGCAUCUGAUGUAAUCAUAUUGAAAUAGGAUAUGUAGUUUUAGUGUUACAAAUACCUAGGCAAAAUAUGCACAAUCAUAAUAACAGAUAAAAUUUAUCUUCUUAAUAUAUGAUAGGAAAUAUAUGCUGUAUAGUCAUGUCUCCUUUAGUCUGCUCACCAGAUUAAGCCAAAUUUAUUAUAUUUCCAUUUUACAGAUGAGGAAAGAGAGUCAUAGGAAUUCGUUUAUCUGAAGUAACACUGCUGGGGUGAAAUUUGAACCCCAUCCUAGUUGACCACAGGGCUUACACACUUACAUGAAAUUCCUCAUACUGUGUGGUUAAUUUUGAGUAAGAAUCAAGCAUCAAUCACCAAAAAAAAAAAAAAAAAGAAAAAAAAAACAAAAAGGAAGAGAAAAGCACCCCAAACCCAAA